AUGACCUCGACCACCGCGGCGAAGCGGCGCCGGGUGCGUAAGGGCACGCAGAGCUGCUGGCAGUGCAAGCGGCGCAAGACUCGCUGCACCUUCUUUGCGGCACGCGCGGCAGCUCCGGGCGACGGCAGACUCCAGGGCCCAUGCGACGGGUGCCGCAGCCGACGGACAAAAUGCGUCAGCCAGGAGUUUGAGGAGGACGGUGCCGUCUCUGCCACCACUGCAGACGAGCAUCAUGUCCAGGACGUGCCGCCAUUCACUGCUUGGUCCACCUUGAAGCCCCCAGACUUGUCGCGGGCGCUUGCAUCAGUCUGGCCGCCUUGGGACGACCUGGUAAGGCUGACCGAGUGGCACGGCCAUUCACACAAUACUUUCCAUGGCGUCAUAUGCCAGUCUUACGAGACCCUCUGGGACUCCCUCCGGGCCGACUCGCGCGAGAACUUGUUGCAAGGCAUGCUGAGGCCACCGUCUGACGCCCAGGCGCAGCAUCCCGUGCGGCUGGCGCGCCGCCUGCUUCUCCUCAGCAAAUUCCUACAAGCAAUUGGCGACAAAGUCAACCAAGGUGCGGGCAACCUGGCGCGGUCACCCACGGCGCGAAAGAGCCUGAUGCACGACGCCUUUGAGGCAGCGACACGGCUCGUGACCUCGGACCACAGGCUCGUGGCCGGCUCUCUCGACGGCAUCGAGUGCGUCAUGAUCGAGGCCAUGUGCCACAACAACGCAGGCCGUCUCCGAGCCGCGUGGCUCACCAACCGGCGGGCCAUGCUCAUGGCUCAGAUGCUAAGGGUGCAUGACCAAGACACACAACAAACAGGAGAGCUGCCGGUCCUGCACACCACGACCCGGCACCGCAUCGACCCGGAGAUCAUGUGGUUCCGACUCGUGGGCACGGACUGGUACCUCUCCAUGCUGCUGGGCCUCGCCCCAGACAGCGCCUCGCUGGCAGAGCACCCGGCCUGGGCCAGCUCUACGACACUGGCCAGGUUCUCGCCACUCGAGCAGCUCGAGCGCAUCAUGAUCGCUGUCGCAGGGCGGAUCCUCAUCCGUCAGCAACGAGAACGACAGGGACAGGUGGUCGACCAGGCACAGAGAAGAGAGCAGCUAUUCGAAGAAGACAAGAGAAUGCAGGCCGCCGCAAAACUGAUGCCGCCAGAAUGGUGGGCUCCAUUUACAGACAAGGAGCCAGCUGGCCCCCAAGAUCCCGCAGACGAGCUGCAGCAGAUCCUCCGCGUCAUGGGCCAGUUUGCAUACUAUCAGGUGCUGGUGCAGCUGCACCUACCACACAUGCUAUCCCGAGGCGACGAGGCGGACCUCGAGGUCUGCGACUAUAGCCGGGCGACUGCCGCCCACGCGUGCCGCACCAUCCUGUCGCUGUUUGAGCGGAUGCGCGCCGCGCGGGCCGCGGGGAGCACGUACUGCCGCGGCGUCGAUUUCGUCGUCUUUGUCGCCGCCGUCACGCUCUGCAUUGCACACAUUGACACGCGGCGGCGCCAGCAGCUGGCACGGAUGUAUGCACGGCGACCGCUCGACGCCCUCGAGCACCAGCGCCUCGCGGAUCGAGCACUGCUGGACCGGACGCUCGGGGCCAUGCACCACUCGCCCUUUGUGUCGUCGACCGACGGCAGCGGCGGGUCCGACGACGUGGUGGCCCAGAAGAUGGCCGGUGUGGUCCAGUCACUACUCAUGGUGGAGGGCGAGGUGGCCAAGGACCAGCACUGGGAGGUGUACAUUGUGCGUGGCCGGAAAGCCUGCCACGCCAACGACGCCAUGGAGUCUGUCCGCGUCGAUAUCCCGAACCUAGGCACGAUAGUGCUCGAGCGCAUCAGUGGCCAGCAGGCUGCGGAUCUGUCGCCGCUUCCUGCAGCUGCCCUGUCGUGCGCGGCCAUGGGCGAUGUCGACGGAUGCACGCUGCAGGGCGUCGACCUGGCGCUGUUUACGGGCAUGACGGAGGGGCUGUUUGGCGAGACGACGAUUGUGCGCGUCACAAGCCAGUACGGCCGCCGCCACGACUCGUGA